AUGGCUCCUUUUCCAUCCCCAACCUCAACGUGGCACUCGAACACAUACCCAUCCCUAUCCCCCACCCGUCCCGAGCUUUCUGCCAAAGGCAAGACCGUGGUAGUAACAGGUGGGGGUACUGGCAUCGGUGCAGAGACCGCUCGCUACUUCGCCGAAGCAGGCGCGUCUCGAAUCGCCCUCCUUGGCCGUAGGGAACAGCCCCUUCUCGACACCAAAGCCUCCAUCGAGCACAAGUUCGCUGACGUCGAGGUAUUUGUGGCCUCCACUGAUGUCACAAAGAAGGAUGAAGUGGACGCGGCCUUCGCCAAGUUUGUUGGUGACGGAAAAAUUCACGUUUUGGUUAGCAACGCAGCGGUUAUUGGGCCUCAUGAUCCCGUGGACGUUGUGGACUGUGACAAGUUCCUCGAAGCCAUUCAGCAAAACCUCAAAGGAUCGUUGCUCGUUGCGCAGGCGUUCCUUACCUACGCGGCGACGGACGCAGUCGUUAUCGAAGUUAACUCGGCCGUUGCACAUGUGAAUUUUACCACUAGGUUUGCUUCAUAUACCAUCGCCAAACUAGCGAUAUUUCGUCUUUGGGAUUCUCUAGCCGUUGCGAACCCGGAAUUGAGCGUUUUCCAUAUCCAUCCUGGAAUAGUUGAAACUGCGAUGAAUAAGGAAGCGGGGGGUAUCGAUGCUGUCGGCCACGCGGAUGACGUUUCUUUGCCAGCAAGCUUCAAUGUUUGGCUCGCAAGCCCUGAAGCGCGUUUCUUAAAGGGAAAGUAUCUGUGGGCAAGCUGGGAUGUAGACGAACUCAAGGCCAAAGCCAAAGAGAUUGAAGCGGGUCCGCAACUUAGUCUUGGGCUUGUUGGAUGGCCAUUUCAGGAUGAUAGUUGGAAUUUUCAGAGUGAUGGUUGGAAGUUUUAG